AUGCCGGUUCAAGAUGAAAUGGAGUACCUACCGCAAGGACUCGCCUCUCAUCCUAUGCGUGUCUUCCAACCGCCGAAACGGCCAGCCGGACCUGCGGUGGUUCUUCGGCGGCCGGAUAAGCAUGGCUGGGCUCGGGCCGGCUUUGCUCUGGCUGGCGCCGAUGGUGGUGGCAUUGGCGUCAGCAACGGCAACAGCAGUUGA